GGUGUUCGCCGGUGGUGUCAAAGAAAGGAGGCGUGAAGAGAGUGACACAGCACAUAAUUGGAAUACAUUAAACAGCGGCGGACUGCUGUUUUUCUUACCCGCCUCUGUGGGCUGUUGUGUUUGCGUUGCCGACGACGACGACGACGGUUGAGACUCCGACCGCUUUCACACCAUCAUCACCAUUGUAGUCCUCCUCCCCCUCCUGUUCCUCUCCGCCUCUCUCAUCACCAUAGCCACAGAGAUACUACACUGAGAGGGCAGCGGCAGCACCACCGCCAGUUAAAGUACUCACUGGACUGACUGACUGAGGAACCGCCACCGCACGGGCAGCCAAACAUGACUGCAGCAACAUCGCCUAUCCUCCUAAAAUGGGAUCCCAAAAGUUUGGAAAUAAGGACUGUGACUGUAGAACGGUUGUUGGAACCUCUGGUUACACAGGUAACUACCCUUGUGAACACAAGUAGCAAGGGUCCAUCUGGUAAAAAGAAAGGCCGAUCCAAGAAGGCCCAUGUGCUAGCUGCUUCUGUAGAACAAGCGACGCAGAACUUUCUGGAAAAGGGGGAGCAGAUUGCAAAAGAGAGUCAGGAUCUGAAGGAUGAGCUGCUGGCAGCUGUAGAUGAUGUACGGAAGCAAGGAGAAACUAUGAGAAUUGCAUCUGGGGAUUUUGCAGAUGAUCCUUGCUCUUCUGUGAAGCGUGGGACAAUGGUCCGGGCGGCUCGAGCUCUGCUAUCUGCAGUAACACGUUUGCUGAUUUUGGCUGAUAUGGCAGAUGUUAUGAGACUUCUAACUCAUCUGAAAAUUGUAGAAGAAUCUCUGGACGCUGUCAAGAAUGCCACCAAUGAACAGGAUUUAGCGAAUCGUUUCAAGGAGUUUGGAAAGGAGAUGGUGAAGCUGAAUUAUGUGGCUGCUAGGAGACAGCAGGAGCUGAAAGAUCUCCAUUGUAGGGAUGAAAUGGCAGCUGCCCGAGGUGCCCUGAAGAAGAAUGCUACAAUGUUGUACACAGCUUCGCAAGCUUUCCUCCGACACCCUGAUGUAGCUGCUACACGAGCUAAUAGAGACUAUGUCUUUAAACAAGUGCAGGAGGCCAUUGCUGGAAUUUCAAAUGCAGCUCAGUCUACCUCACCAUUAGAUGAUAAACAUGGUCAUCCUGGCAUUGGAGAACUAGCUGCAGCAUUGAAUGAGUUUGAUAACAAGAUCAUUUUGGAUCCCAUGCACUUCAGUGAACAGCGUUACAGGCCAUCUCUGGAGGAGAGGUUAGAAAGUAUUAUCAGUGGGGCUGCACUGAUGGCAGAUUCUUCAUGCACGAGGGAUGACCGUCGAGAGAGAAUUGUGGCUGAAUGUAAUGCUGUGCGACAAGCCCUUCAGGAUCUCCUCACUGAAUACAUGAAUAAUACUGGCAGGAAAGAGAAAGGAGACCCACUGAAUGCUGCCAUCGACAAAAUGACGAAGAAAACAAGGGAUCUGCGAAGACAGCUGCGGAAGGCUGUCAUGGAUCACAUCUCAGACUCCUUUCUGGAAACCAACGUUCCUCUCCUGGUUUUGAUCGAAGCAGCCAAGAGCGGCAAUGAGAAGGAGGUGAAGGAAUACGCCCAAGUAUUCCGCGAGCACGCCAACAAGCUGGUGGAG